AUGAAUUUCAUCACCAAUACUAUCGAAAAAAAGACCGGUCUCGAUAUCAAUCACGAUGGAUAUAUUGGAGGCGUGAAAAAUGCUGAGAAGCAAUACGGUGUCGAUUUCAACCGUGAUGGAUAUAUUGGAGGCGAAGGCAUAAAAAGCAAGAUCGAGAAAGCAACUCAUAUUGAUCUCAACAAAGAUGGCAUGAUUGGUCGUCCACCAGACACGUUUCCAGGUGGUUAUGGUCACAUGGGCCCUCGUUAUGGUUACACGGAUCCUCGUUAUGGUUACAUGGAUCCUCGUUAUGGUUACAUGGGCCCUCGUUAA